AUGAUUUCCUGUCCCAAGGUCAGUGUACUACCCGUUACCGACCAAGUAAUUGAGCGUGUUGAAGCUUGGGCUGCUGCAGAAGGUGUUACUUCCAUGAAUUUUUUCGAUAAGAAGAGAGAUUUGGAGACAUUUCAAGAUGGCGAUCAAAUUGCAGGAGUGGAUGACACGGAACAAGGUUACUUAGAAGAAGCCUUUGAUCAGGACUAUGAACCUGAAGAUGAAGAUGAACGUGGUAUCAACCUACAUGGACAAUUUGAUGAUAUUGAUGACUCCAAAAGAGAAGAGCUCUUGGCAGAUGCAGACAAUGAUGUCAAUGAUAUGCCAGAACUAACUGUCAGAUUCCAAGGAGAUGAUGACUAUGAAUCAGAUGACGACAAUUCGGGUGAUGAAGGCAAUGAUGAGGAAGAAACUAUUGUGGCCGAUUUGGAUCACCAUCAAGAAAAUGUUGAUAGAGGAACCAAUGAUAUGGGACCCUCGUUACUGAUCUGGAGGACCUGCCAGAAGAAGAGAUUGCAUUUGAGCCUGAAGAGCCUCAAGUGGCAAAAGUCACUUGAUCUUAUGUCAAGUCACAUGGACCCAAAAGUGAAUGACAAAUUUGCUGAAUGGUUGAACAUGAGAUAUGGUUCGAUCAAGGCAUGCACAAUUGUCAGAGGAAAGAUACACAGAUAUCUUGGAAUGACUUUGGAUUUCUCGGUGAAAGGAAAACUUAAGAUCCGCAUGGACGACUAA